AACUCUCACGUGUACGACAUUACCGGUGUCUCUGGAAGCAAGUACGAACGAAAAUGGCGAGUCCUGUAGCUUCGGUCGGGAAACUUCUGGCCCGUUUGGGUGGAAAUGUCCAAAAUUAUCUCACACCAGUAGCAGUGAACGCUACACAGAAAAGAAAUUAUGGCAGCGGCAGUCGGAUCAAGGUGGCCAACCCUGUGGUGGAGCUCGAUGGAGAUGAGAUGACCAGAAUCAUUUGGGAGAAAAUCAAGGAGAGGCUCAUCUUCCCCUACCUGGAGGUUGACUGCAAGUACUAUGAUCUGGGUCUGCCAUACCGGGACCAGACCAACGACCAGGUUACCAUCGACUCCGCCGAGGCCAUCAGGAAGUACAAUGUAGGCAUCAAGUGUGCCACCAUUACACCCGACGAGGCUCGUGUUGAAGAGUUCAAGUUGAAGAAAAUGUGGCUCAGUCCGAAUGGAACAAUCAGGAACAUCCUGGGUGGUACAGUGUUCCGGGAGCCAAUUCUCUGCCAGAACAUUCCACGUCUCGUGCCGGGCUGGACCCGCCCCAUUGUGAUUGGCCGUCACGCUCACGGUGAUCAGUACAAAGCAACAGACUAUGUGAUUGAGAAGCCCAGCAAGUUCGAGUUGGUUGUGACUACUGAUGGAAAGGAAACCAGACUGCCAGCCUUUGAGUUCAAGAAUGGAGGUGGUGUGAUCAUGGGCAUGUACAAUACUGACGAGUCAAUCGUAGGAUUCGCCCAUGCUUGCUUCCAGUAUGCCAUAAUGAAGAAAUGGCCUCUGUACAUGAGCACCAAAAAUACAAUCCUGAAGAGAUAUGAUGGCAGAUUUAAGGACAUCUUUGAGGAGAUCUAUGAAGCAAAAUACAAACCAGAGUUUGAGAAGCUUGGAAUCUGGUAUGAGCAUCGUCUGAUUGAUGAUAUGGUUGCUCAGGCUCUCAAGUCAGAUGGAGGCUUUGUAUGGGCUUGCAAGAACUAUGAUGGUGAUGUGCAGUCCGAUGUUGUUGCUCAGGGUUAUGGAUCCCUGGGACUGAUGACUAGUGUGUUGGUGUGCCCUGAUGGGAAGACCAUAGAGGCUGAGGCUGCUCAUGGCACUGUCACCAGGCACUACAGAGAGCACCAGAAGGGCAACCCCACAAGCACCAACCCUGUCGCCAGUAUCUUUGCCUGGACACGAGGGUUGGAACACAGAGGAAAACUAGACGGAAACGCUGACCUUCAGAGGUUCUGUCAACAGAUGGAGGAGGCAUGUGUCCAGUGUAUCGACAGCGGAAAGAUGACCAAAGAUUUAGCUGGAUGCAUCCACGGACUGAAGAAUGUCAAGCCUGAGCAUUAUCUGAACACCAUGGACUUCCUUGAGGCGAUCAGCGAACAGUUCGAACGCACACGCAAGAAUUGAUCCACAUAGCACAUAGGCAGUUUCAUUAUCGUGUGUACAGUAGGCCGGAGCCUGAUUUGAAUCUCUCAUCAUGGGUCCUCCCCAUGUUUGUACAAUAGAAUCAUGAAGCUUUUUCAUUCGUAAAUCUAAUGUACUCCAGUGCAAGUUCUUCAAACAGGUUAGGGGCUGGACUCCAUGAACAGUGCUUUACAUUGCCAUUUUGGGUCAACUGAUUUAUUAUUGAAGAUUACCAUUGACGUAUACAUGAGCCCCAAACCAAAUUUCGGUAAAGUUUUGUUCCUCUUUAUGAAGCUGGGCCUCGUUUCACAAAGCUCUCGUAAGCCUAAGAUCUCAUAACUUUUCUCGUAGGAUUCGAAUCACCUAUACUAUAAUAUAGGAGGUACGAAUGCUACAGAGAAAAGUUACAAGAUCUUAGGCUUACGAGAGCUUUGAGAAACGGGGCCCUGGACUGUCAGUAUGUUUCAAAUUAUUUGGGUGAAUUCUGCUGUAAUUGUUACCAAAGAACAUUGUUGUUGUUUAUGCAAGAAAUGAAUCAACGAAACAUGGUCCUAUUUGCAUGAAGAGUACUACUUAAGUUUGAAGUAUACAUUUGAGAUGCAGUGUAGUGCUAUUUGGAGAACCACAUCAUGAUAAUAGUGAACCGAGUUGUUUACUUUCAUGCAACUUGUACAUCCAUCAGCUCAGCAAUAAAGCCACUGAGUGUCA